AACAGCCCGGUAGCAUAUCUGUCUCGUGGGACAUCGUUUCAACCAAACAUCGCCGUGCGUGUCAGCCAGCCAUGUCGCUCAUGCCUUGGUUCAGCGGUGGCCGGGGAGGGAUGGACCCCUUCUCCUCCGACCUCUGGGACCCCUUCGGCGCUUCCUGGCCCUUGGACGCCGGACGCCAAGGCGGCAGCCGCGACGGCUCGCACCAACGUCGACUGGCACCAACGUCGACCGCCGGUGGAUCUGGACGAGCGCGAGCGCCCCAUGGCUCUUUGGCGAGAGGGCGCGCCCGGCGCGCACCGGGAUCUGGUGGCCGCCGCGGCCGGAGUGGCCAGCGGCAAGCAUCACAAGAGUCGUCGCUGCGGCAACACCUGUGCACGCGGGCGGCACGUACACAGCGAACGUGUCAAGCCGAUGCUCCACGCGGCCAUGUAUGCAAGCGCUUUGGAGUGCUAUAAAACUGCCCAGGAGAAAGCGCUCUUGCCACCACAAACAGCCUGGUAGCAUAUCCGUCUCGUGGGACAUAGUGCCAACCAAACACCCACCGUGCGUGUCAGCCAUGUCGCUUAUGCCUUGGUUCGGCGGUGGCCGGGGAGGGAUGGACCCCUUCUCCUCCGACCUCUGGGACCCCUUCUCCUCCGACCUCUGGGACCCCUUCGGCGCUUCCUGGCCCUUGGACGCCGGCCGCCGAGGCGGCGAAGGCGGCAGCCGCGACGACGCCACCGCCAUGGCUCGCACCAACAUUGACUGGCACGAGAACGACAAGGAGCACAUCUUCUCCGCGGAGAUACCCGGGGUGAGGAAGGAGCACGUGAAGGUGGAGGUGGAGGACGGCAACGUGCUCAAGAUCAGCGGGGAGAAGACGCGGGAGGAGGAGCACAAGGGCGACGCGUGGAACCGCGUGGAGCGCAGCUUCGGGUCCUUCAUGCGCCGGUUCCGCCUGCCGGAGAACGCCAAGGCGGACGGCAUCCGGUGCACCAUGCAGGACGGCGUGCUCAGGGUCGUCGUGCCCAAGGACGAGCAAGCCCAGAAGCAGCGCAACGUCCGCUCCAUCGACAUCGCCUAAACGCUCCGCACCUACGCAUGCAGUCAACGGCUUCCCAGCGUGACAUGCCAUCUCCUCUAGUACCACUACACUAUGCAUGGCGGUGACAGUGUCUCUUAUUUUAUUGGCCUCUACUAGUAGUGGCUAAUCUGUAUCGUGUGUUCUAUUUUAGCUUGUCUGUACUUUAAGGCUUAGGCUAUUCUGUACGGUAGUUUAGAAGUGUGUACUAUGGGCCAUGUAGCUGCCAAACAUCCAUCGUAAACUGCAGUGCAGGACGAGAAAUUUGGAA